AUUUAUUAGAAAGAAUUUCUCACUAAUAUUAUCAACAUGGAAAAUACGAAUAAUGACAAGAUUGUUAAGUCCUCCUUACAUUAUUAUUGUCUCAAUGGUUUGUAUCAUACGAUGGCAUCAUUAGCAUCUGAAGGCCAAAGAAUGUAUCCAGGAGAUCAAGCAUAUCGUUUCUAUUCCGGAUGUGCAUUGGCAUUUGAAAAUCGUAUACAGGAAGCGAUACGAGAAUUUGAGAAUUGUGUUAAUGAUCGUGAUUUGACAAUGGCAGCCACAUUGGCUCUCAUUUAUUCACAUUCCAAAUGUCAAAUUAUUGAUAAGGAUGCAAUCGAUUCAUUGGAAAAACGACUGAAACAAUUGAAAGAACAAUCAAACGAAACGACAUUAUAUUAUGCGAGCUUAUUCUUGUUACUAUCAAAAAACUUUUUACAAGCUAGUCAAUACAUUGAACAAUUGAAUCAAAAUUAUCGUACAUUUCUAGAUGGUAAAGUUCUUUAUGGCUGGUUAAUUGUAAAUCAUUGUAACGACGAUUCUAUGGAUGAAAAAUCACUGAAAAGCUAUUUGCAUUUAUUUGCCAAUGUAAAUGAACCAGAUGUGCUUAUCAUUUUAUCCAAAGUGGAGGAAAAAUUACAUAACUAUUCAGGAUCCAUUGAAAAACUCAAUCACGCAAUUGCUAUGUAUCCAAGAUUUUUACCCGCUUUAAUUGAAAAGAUAAAAGUCCAUGCAAUGUUGAAAGAAUUUGAAUUAAUGAUGGAUUCGGCAUUUCGAUCAUUAGUUUUGGAUAAACACUGUAUUGAACCCCAUCGAUAUUCCAUCAUAUAUUAUCUUGCUUGGGAUUUCAAUGAAGAAUCAGCUUUGUCCAAAAUUCGAGAUCUUAUAUCAUCGUUAGAAUUACGUGAACCGAAAAAUGCCUACAUUUACUUUGAGAGUUCUCGACUAAUAGCUCGUCUGGCACUUAAUAACCAAAACAUUCUGAUGCAUUCAUCGUCUUUGAUUGAAAGGGCAAUUUUCUUGGAUCCAACAAAUAUUGAUUAUAUUUGUGAAAAUGCUUUCCAAUGGGCUUUAUUAAAGCGUUUUCAAGAAUCCGAACGACAUUAUAAAAAUGCAAUGAAACUGAAUCCUGCCGAUUCGAAGCCGAUAUCGGGCUUAUUGAUGACAAAAUUGAUGCAGCAUGAUCAUGAUUCAAUGACUGGAGAUGUUGGAGAAGAUAACAAGCUUAAUUUGACAAAAGUAUACGAAGAGAUUGAUCAAUUGGAAGAAUUCAAUAGAACUACAACUGGAUUGACAACGGUCAAUGUAGGAUCGAAAAAUGAAACCAAAUCUUUGAAUUCGAUUGAUCUUCUCCCACAACAGCAAGAUUUGCUUUAUCUUUGCCUAAAAUCUCACGUGGGUCGAAAACAAAAGAAUCAUAGCAAAUUGAUCGAAAACUAUCUUACGCAAUUGUUAAAUCAUUACAACCAACUCAAGGCGAAACCACUUUCAGUACAUUUCUAUUCUAAUCUACAAAUCCAUCAAGUUAUGGAUAUCGUGCAAAUCUGUCUGUCUCUAUGUGCACCGGAACCAUUAGUAAGGGGGCAGCAAGUGCCUAUGUUCUUGCAUUAUGCACAACAAUUCAUAAAUGUAUUGGCUGCAGUUAUGCCAAAUCAUAAACAAAUUCUAUAUCGAAUGGCUAUGAUCAAAUAUUUGUCUGGAGAGAUACGAUCAGCAGCUAAUCUAGUGAAUCGUUGUCUACAAUAUGAUGGCAAAUUUAUUGAUUUAUUCAUAUUAAUGGCAAAGAUAUCAAUAUAUGAUCGUAACUUCAAGACAGCUAAUCAAUGUUUAGAAAAUGCACUCGUUCUUGAUUUUAAGAUACGUAACGAAAUUUCCUACAUAUUGGCUAAAUCAUCGAUAUUGAAAUUUGAAAGAAAAUAUAAUGAAGCAUUGCAAUUAAUGAAGGAUGCAUUGCAAUCAUCACACAAGUCAACGUUAUGUGAUCGUUUGGAAUCAACGAAUGUUGAGCUAUUCCUUAUGUUUGAAAUGGUCGACAUUCAUUUAUUAAACAAUAAUACUAUUGAAGCAAGAAAAAUUAUAGAAAAAUUAAGUGAACAAUUUUCAUCGGAUUAUGAUGGAAAACAGGAACAGCGAGCACGAAUUUAUCUAUCACAGGCACGAAUUGAUUGCUAUUCUGGUGAUUAUGAAGCGACGUUGCAAACAUUGCGUAAUGUAACAGCAACAAUGGGUGCAGACCAUUAUAUUAGAUCCAAAAAAAUGAUGGCAGCCAUCUAUCUUAGCAAAUAUAAAGAUCGGAAACGUUUUACCGAAUGUUAUCACGAAAUAGCGGAGAAUUUUCCGUCACAACAGUCACAGUUGAUGCUUGGCGAUGCAUAUAUGCAUAUCCUACAGCCUGAAAAAGCCAUCGAAAUCUAUGAACAAGCGGUAAAGAAAAAUCCAAAAGAUUCGACACUUGUACGUAAAGUUGGUCAGGCAUUGAUCAAGGCUCAUUUCUUUGAACGAGCUGUUACCUAUUAUAAAGCAGCCAUCAAAUCCAGUGGCCAGAUGCCUUCUUAUUGUUACGAUCUAGCCGAAUUGCUUCAUCGUCUUGGCCGUGAUGACCAAUGUAAGGAUAUUAUUGCCCAAACUAUUAAAUUAUUGGAUACAAACAAAAAUGAAAUUGAUCUCGAUACUCAUAUAAUCAAAAUAAGAAUAUUCAAUCUAUUAGCUCAAAUUCAUCGACAAUCAGGUGAUAGAGAAAAAUCCAUUCAAAUAUUACGCAAUGCUCAUGAUGAAAAUCAAAAACUGAUGCGUCGUUUGUCCGUCGAACAUCCUGAUCGACUGGAAGAACAUCGAAAAUUUUCAAUCAAUUUAUGUGACCAUUUGGCCGAUCUGUUGUUGUCAGUCGAUCAUGAUAAUAAUCAACAAUCGGCAUUACAGAUAUACAAAGAGUCAUUAUCAUUUGAUAGUCACAAUGAUGAAAUAUAUUUGAAAAUGGCUAAAAUUGAAAUGAGAAACGAUCAUUUUGAUCAAGCUCACACCUAUUGUACGAAUGUAUUGAAAAAUAAUGCCAACAUGGAUGAAGCAUUAUUGUUGAUGGCCGAUAUUACAUUUCGUCAAGCAGAUUUUGAAGGCGCUCUUAGUCUCUAUCGAGAAUUGUUGAACAAGAACAAAACUAAUUUUAUUGCGUUGAUGCGUUUCAUCGAUGCUGCUCGACGAUGUGGUCAAUUGCAAACAAUAGUCAGUCUAUUAGAUGAAGCGGGUAAAAAAUGCACAGGCAUUGAAGAACGUAUCAACGAUGAAUCUACGAUGGCAAAAUCUGGUUCACUUGAAGCUGGAUUCUAUCUCUGUAAAGCUCUAUAUCACUGGUAUACAGGCGACGGUAAUGAAGCAAUCAAAUAUUUGUACACGAUUCGUAAUGAUGCCCGCUUUGGAAAAGAAGCAACCAUUUUAAUAAUCGAAAUUUGCAUCCAUCCUGAUUCAAUCACGACAAACAAUAAUACUUAUUCUACUGUAGAUUCUAACCAAGAUGUUCAAAGGUCAAAUUCAAUAUCAUCGAACUCGACAUUGAAAACGGCAGAAACCUUAGUCGAGGUAUUGAGAUUACAGAAUCCGGAAGACUUUCACGUACAUUUGCUAAACAAUUUGGUAUUGUUAGCAAAAAAGCAGAAAAACGACGCUGAAUUUGUCCUUUCAGAUUUAAUGAAAUAUUUGAGCAACGAACGUUACUGUGAACAUUCGGCCCUUAUCUAUAGCAUGGCAAUGGCCUAUAUGGCACUUAAGCAAACUCCAAAAGCUCGAAACCAAUUGAAACGAAUUGCUAAAAAUAAUUGGAAAUAUUCAGAAGGUGAUUACCUGGAAAAAGCUUGGCUAUUACUAGCCGAUAUUCACAUACAAUCAAACAAGUUCGAUAAUGCCAACGAACUCUUGAAACGAAUUCUUCGCUAUAAUCGAUCGUGUUCGAAAGCAUACGAAUAUAGUGGUUACAUAAUGGAAAAAGAACAAUGCUAUCGAGACGCUGCUUAUAACUAUGAACAAGCAUGGCAUUUUUGUAACCAGAAUAAUCCGACCAUUGGCUAUAAAUUGGCAUUCAAUUAUAUGAAAGCAAAACGUUGGCCUGAAGCAAUCGAUAUCUGUCAAAAAAUACUGUCCCGUUAUCCGGACUAUCCAAAAAUUAAGAAAGACAUUCUUGAUAAAUGUGUUGCUAUGCUCAAAUGUUGAAACCAAAUUUCUUUUGCUGAUGAUUAUGAUGAGGAUGAAAUUCUCGGCUAUCUUCCAGUUCGUCAAUUUGUCCCGUAGCAACUUUGUAAAGAAG